GUCAGGCCGACCUGCUCUGCUCGCGGGCAGAAAACUAAGACCUAACUUGCUACCUUGUCUGGAGUCACAUGGUGACUCUGCAGCUUGAUGGACAACAACAACCCUUUUCAACCAAAAAAUAAUUCCAAAAUGGCAGAACUGUUCAUGGAAUGUGAAGAAGAAGAGCUGGAACCAUGGCAGAAGAAAGUAGAAGGAAUUCAGGAUGAAGAUGAUGAUGAGCUGAUCUUUGUUGGAGAGAUACAAAGUUCAAAACCAGCCAUUUCAAAUAUUUUGAACAGAGGUAAUCCCAGCUCAUCUUCAAAGGGAAUAAAGAUUGAGACAGUCAGUCAAGGUGUUACUGAUGAUUUCAAGCCUACAAGUGAACACUACAAAGACCCGACAUCAGAUCCAGUGGCUGCCUUGCCUAGAUUUCAUCCUGAAUCUAAAUCUUCACGUAGCCCUGAUAUUGUUCAGGACAUGUCUAAACCUGAUUUUACAAAGAAUUCAUCACAAGAUGAAUUGGAUGAUUCUUCAGAUUCAGUGUUCGACUUGACCCAGGUUACAAUACCACUAUCCCAAGAUGGAUCAACAGUUUAUACAGAAGGUCUAGAUGAAACUCCGCCUAUAAUAGAACGUUCUUCUGUUUCUAAAGUAGACAGUGUUACUCCAAAAAAGCCAAAGACCAGCGAAAGAGUUUCUGACAUAAAUCCUUGUGCUUCAUUGUCUUUAACUAACUCUCCUUCAGUGACAUCCUCCCAUGUCUUGCUAUCAAAAGGUACAAAUACCUCACCAACUCUCCAUAAAACUGGAACACCUUUUCUAAGAUCUUGUCCAAAGUGCAAUGUUCAGUUCAAUCUUUUGGAUCCUUUGAAAUAUCACAUGAAGCGUUGUUGUCCAGACAUGGUAAAUGCAUUUUUGGAAAUGAUUAAAGUAGAACUUUCCAGUACUGAAGGUAAAAAUGAGACUGGUACAGAGAAAGGAAAAUUGAUUAUGUUAGUUAGUGACUUUUACUAUGGAAGACAUGAAGGAGCUGUUGAUGUGGAACAGAAGACUUAUACAACAUUUAAAUGCUUCAGUUGCUUGAAAGUUCUUAAAAAUAACAUUAGGUUUAUGAACCACAUGAAACAUCAUUUGGAACUUGAGAAACAGAACACUGAGAGCUGGGAAAACCACACCACCUGCCAGCACUGCUACCGUCAGUAUCCCACACCAUUCCAGCUGCAGUGUCACAUUGAGAGCACACACACUCCCCAUGAGUUUUCUACUAUUUGUAAAAUCUGUGAAUUAUCAUUUGAAACAGAGCAUACUCUUUUACAACAUAUGAAGGACACUCAUAAACCCGGUGAAAUGCCAUAUGUUUGCCAGGUUUGCCAGUUUAGAUCAUCAACAUUUUCUGAUGUAGAAACUCAUUUUAGAGCAUCCCAUGAAAAUACUAAGAACUUGCUGUGUCCAUUUUGCCUCAAAGUUAGUAGAAUGGCAACCCCCUACAUGAAUCAUUACAUGAAGCAUCAGAAGAAAGGAGUUCAUCGUUGUACAAAAUGCAGACUACAAUUUUUGACCUACAAAGAGAAACUGGAUCACAAGACCCAGCAUCGGACAUUUAUAAAGCCUAAAGAGCUAGAAGGAUUGCCUCCUGGUACAAAAGUUACUAUUCGAGCUUCAGUUGGACCUCUUCAUUCAGGGUCAUCAACUACAUCUUCCAAGAAUACUCCAGGCACUUCUUCUCUUCAGGUCUCACCUCCAAAGUCUACAAGUACAACUGCUGAAAAUCCUACAAGAGCUAAUGAAAGUAAAUAUAAGACAAGAAAGCCUUGUGCAGCUACGUCCACUGCAAGUAAGCAAGGUAGAGGUGCAUUUGAAUAUAAAGCAAAAACCUAUUACAAGCAAAAGAAAGAGCGCAACAGGAAGAAUAAAAUCAGCAUAGCUUUGAAGAACUUAAGGUGUCUUCGGGGAGUUCACAAGUGCAUUGAGUGUCGUUCCAGAAUAAAAGAUUUUGCAAGCCACUUUUCAAUAUAUAUGCACUGUAAUUUUUGCAGAUACAAAACAAACUGUAACAAAGCCUUUGUAAACCAUAUGGUGAGCUCUCAUAGCAACCAGCCAACUAAACGGUUUUAUAUUUUUAAGAAGCAUUCUGGAACUCUCAGGGGCAUUACUCUGGUGUGCCUUAAAUGUGAUUUCCUAACUGAUUCUUCUGGUUUAGAUCUUAUGGCUAAACACUUAAGUCAACGUAAAACUCAUACUUGCCAAGUUAUAGUGGAGAAUGUUCCUGGAAGUAUAUCAGCUUCUGGACCCACUUCUGCCCGCUUGUUGAAAUAGAUUCCUGCUCUAUGGAGCUCGUGCAACCUGGUGCAAGACAAGUUGGAAUUUCCUAAGUUCAAAGUUCUGAAGUGUUUUCUUACACAAAGGCAGUUUCCUAAGUUCAAAGUUCUGAAGUGUUUUCUCAUACGAAGGCGGUUAAACAGCCAAGUUCAUGACA